GUUUACAUCGCCCGCGCGGGUUGGAAAAUGCUUACAUACAAUUUACCCAACAAUUUGUUUAAAGCCUAAAAAGCAUUACGCGUAAUGAUACACAAUAUAUAUUGGCUUGCUCUCACUCCCGAAAGGACUAUCAACAAUGGAUUUCCCUUCCAUCAAACAAGAACCUUCCGAUACGGGUGAAACACCUAACUUUCACGAAGUGGCCGGUUCGGAUUUGGUCAGCGUCAUUAAAUGUGAGGAUUAUCAAUUGAUGGAAGCUGCGACUGACGACAAUUCCGUAUCUGAAAAAGAGCAUCCAUGUAGCUUAUCUGACGUAAAAGAAACCCCCCAAGAUGCACCCUCGCCGGAAACGCUUCACUGUCCAGAUUGUAACAAACCGUGUCCCAGCGCCAAUGCAUUGCGGUUGCACCGGCGUAGACUGCACAAACCGACCGAACCGGUCGUGCGGCCCCAGUACCGCUGCACUGAAUGCGAUAGAACGUUUCUAUUUCAGCGGAAGCUAAAACACCACCAGGAAACGCACAACCAGGUGCCCUGCCCGGUGUGCGCUAAAAGUGUAGUGCAGCGCAGCCUUAAAGAACACCUUGCCGCGCACGAAGGAGCCAUCCGGUGCGCGUUGUGCAGCAAAACGCUUUCUUCCUAUCGGGCCUUGAAUCUGCACCGCAAGCUGCUGCACGCUAGUAGCUCGGAUCAUACGUGCGUGGCAGCGGAAAUGACACGAUGCGGCGAGUGUGAUCGGGUGUUCUCGAACGCCGCCCAGCUAAACUCGCACAUGCGCAGCCACCAGCAGCAGCAGUGUCCGGUGUGCAAAAGCAUGCGCUCAAAAUCGUCGAUCAAGGAGCACAUUGCGUCGCAUGGCGGUGCGUUUCGGUGCGCCGUGUGCGAUGGGACGUUUUGCUCCAAGCGCCGGUUGAAGUACCACAUGGCGUCGAAGCACGCGGAGGAUGGAAGCGCAAUGACGACGGAGAACGAGGCGAAGGAAGAAGGAAAACACAGAUGCUUACAGUGCAAGCGAGUUUUUGACAGUGAAAAACAGUUGCUAGAGCAUGGUUCAGUACAUCAAAGGAAGCAGUGCCCGAUAUGUAGGAAAAACGUUAGACAAAGGAACUAUCCGGCGCACAUGGCGGUGCACGCGUACCGUAGUUGAAGUAGAGGGGAGAGGAAAGAGACUGUUUUAAUUUAGUAAUACUUACGUGCA